AUGGAAGGACUCAACGCAACCGAACAACGCGAAUUCGCGUCCCGCAUGGAGCGGAAGCAGCUGAAGGAGUUUAUGACGAUGUACUCCAAGAUGGUGCAGCGGUGUUUCGACGACUGCGUCAAUGAUUUCACCACCAAGUCCCUCAUCAACCGCGAGGAGCAGUGUGUCAUGCGCUGCGUCGACAAGCACCUCAAGAGCUCGGCCCGUUUGAACGAGCGGUUCCAGGAGCAGAACGCCGCCAUGAUGCAGGGCGGGCAGAUGCCCGGCCGUUAA